UCCCACAUCUUCUCUGGACUGCCUCUUCUCAGCAGCUGCCCCAGAGGAGGAGCUGUGCCAUGGAGCUGAAGGGCUAUGUGCUCUUGGCCGUGGGCCUCCAGGCCCUGGCCCUGGCCUCUUCCUGCCCCAGUGAGUGCACUUGCUCCAAGGCAUCCCAGGUGGAGUGCGUGGGAGGACGGAUCCUGGUGGUGCCCAGCCCUCUGCCCUGGGAUGCGAUGAGCCUGCAGAUACUCAACACCCACAUCCGAGAGCUGAACUCUCAGCCCUUCCUCAACGCCACGGCUCUUAUAGCCCUGCGCAUCGAGAAGAACGAGCUGUCGCAGAUCGCGCCCGGCGCCUUCAGCCCUCUGGGCUCCCUGCGCUACCUGAGCCUGGCCAACAACCGUCUGCAGACGCUGCCCGGCGGCCUGUUCCAGGGCCUGUACAACCUCGAGUCGCUGCUGCUGUCGGGAAACCAGCUGCUGCACGUCAGCCCGGCGCACUUCGUGCCCUUCAGCAACCUGAAGGAGCUGCAGCUGCACGGUAACCGGCUGGAGCUCAUCCCGGACGGCUGCUUCGACAACCUCCCCGGCCUUAUCAAGCUGAACCUGGGCCAGAACAACCUGGGCCGCCUCUCGCCGCACCUCUUCCAGAGGCUGGGCCAGCUGCAGGUGCUGCGCCUCUCCGAGAACCAGCUGGCGGAGAUCCUGCCGGGCACCUUCGACGGGCUGGGCAGCCUGCAGGAGCUGGCGCUGCAGCAGAACCAGCUGCGCCACCUGCCGCCGGGCCUCUUCCAGGGCAACGGGCAGCUGGAGAGGCUCUACCUGUCUAACAACCAGUUGUCGACGCUGCCGCGAGGCCUCUUCCUGCAGCUGCCGCGCCUCAACCGGCUUACGCUGUUCGCCAACGAUCUGCGGGAGCUGCCGACCGGCCUGUUCGGGCCCAUGCCCUACCUGCGGGAGCUCUGGCUCUACGACAACCAGCUCCAGCACAUCCCCGACGGCGCUUUCGAACCGCUGACCCAGCUGCAGGUGCUCGUGCUGAGCCGCAACCAGCUCCAGUCCAUCGCCCCUGGCGCCUUCCGAGGCCUGACCUCUCUGCGCGAGCUCUCGCUGCACACCAACGCGCUGCAGAACCUCGACGGACAGGUCUUCCGGGCCCUGGUGAGCCUGCAGAACGUGUCCCUGCAGAAUAACCGACUUCGUUUUCUGCCUGGCAACCUGUUCGCCGGCGUCAACGGCCUCACCACCCUGCAGCUGCAGAACAACCAACUGGAGAGCCUGCCCGUGGGCAUCUUCGACCACCUGGGCCAGCUGUGCGACGUGCGGCUCCAGGACAACCCGUGGCGCUGCGACGCUGGCAUCGAGCCCCUCCGCGUCUGGCUCCUCACCAACAGCGCCCGGCUGGGCGGCUCGGACCUGCUCCCUGUGUGCUCUAGCCCGGCCGAGGUCCGGGGCCAGGCCAUCAUCGUGGUCAACGUCAACGUCAACGUGCUGUCGCCCAGCCCGAGCUACCCUGAUGUUUCCCAGUAUCCCGACACCCCCCAGUACCCGGACACAUCUCGGUACCCGGACCCCACCUCCAUCUCCUACACAACCGAGUACACCACCGUCGAGGAGGACCAGACCGACCUGACCACCAUCGAGGGCACAGGGGAUCGGGACGUGUGGGGCAUGACCCGCGCCCAGAGCGGCCUGGCCAUCGCCGCCAUCGUCAUCGGCUGCAUCGCGUUGGCCUGCUCCUUGGCGGCCUGCAUCUGCUGCUGCUGCUGCAAAAAGCGCAGCCACGCUGUGCUUAUGCAGAUGAAGGGGCCCAACGAGUGCUGA